CCGAUGUGCCGUUUAAUAAGGUUGCUCGAUAGUAUUUGGCUGGCAUUUGGCAAACAACCGCGCACUCAUUCAGUCAGAAUCUGCAGAAACCCGCACCGAGUGAGUGAAACGUAGCGAGUGUUGGUGAGAUACUUUUUCCUGCUAGUGCCAAGAAAAAUCGAUUUCAGUUAACGCUUCGAUCGGAUCCACCACCGCGACUUAAGCGAUUCUUUCUGGAUCAAAAGAAGAAUCGACAAAACGAAUAUGGCGUUUCGAUUAGUGACGCCAUUAGUAGGCUGGGGCGUGCUGACGUUGCUCCUCACGACGGCCAGUGCCGUCGUCAAUAAUGCCAGCCAAGAUGCCGAACGUCGUGAGGCACCACUCGUCGCAGAUACGUACGGACCACCUUCCGCCUCCGCGGGAUCGCUACCGGCACCGGUGUACGGUGCUCCUGCCGCUGCUCAUUAUCCUCCACCACCACCGGACGUACCACCGGCGGCACCGUCCGUGCAAAUUCCGCACAAAGAGUACGGUGUUCCGGUGCAGAGCUACGGCCCUCCGAACAACGUCAACAUUGAGUAUGGACCUCCGGCACCGGCACUCCCACUACCACCGGUACACAAGCCAAUCUACCACCAUAAACCGCAAUAUCAUGGACCACCGCCCGGUCAUCCGAAGAAAUCGGCUUCAUUCUUGGAGCAACUGUUUUCGACGUUCGGUUUCGGUGGUGGCAGUAGCGAUGAAGGUCACCACGGACAUCAUGGACCACCGCCGCCACCACAUUCAUACCACCACGCACCGAAGCCCGUCUACGGACCACCAUCGGGGCAUAUCGCUCCAUCUUAUGGUCCACCGGCACCGGCCCCGGUCGCACCGAAGCCUUUCUAUGGACCGCCGGCGCCACAGUAUGGACCACCGUCGCUUGCAGCACCAGCCCCCCGGCCCGUGUAUGCUGCUCCACCACCGAAACCCUCGUACGGUCCACCAUUAGUGCAUUCCGGGUUCUCGGUUGUUCAAUCGGGAGGCCAUUCCUUCAAUCACCAUCACCAUCAUCAGUCGCCGGUCCACGCACCACCGACACCACCGGAGAUCAAGUGUGAUGGAUGGAAACCCAUCGCUGGACCGGUCGUUCAACCGGAAGUCCACGCACCGGAGUCAUCCUACGGACCACCGCCGAGUGGUGACUUCCUGGGCGGGGGCCAUCAGGGGCACGUCAGUACCAUCAUCGAAUCCGCGGCACAGGACAUUGGCCUUCAGCUGCCCAAGCUCGAGCACGGUCCGGUCUUCAAUUCGCAUCUGGAAUCGCUGGGCGCACCGCUGGCCGGUCUGGAACUGCCGAAGGAGAAUAGCUAUGAGAUUCACUCGAAUGCCAUCUCCGAUAGUUAUUCCGUACCGCCAAGUGAUUCGUUUGCUCCCGGCAAUGGUUACAAGCCAUCGUUCACGAAACCCCUCCCACCGCCACCGGUACAACAACCGCCCAAGCUCCACUACGGACCACCCCCGGCACAUCACUUUGGUCCGGCAUCAGUGCGUCAUCCGGGGUUGGGCAUCUCGCACGGUAGCAUUAGCGGUAACUUGAAGCCAUGGCCUGUACCGGGGUCACCACCACGCCAUCCGAUUGCCUACCGCCCACCGGUACCGCAGGGUCUCAUCGAAUCCAUCGGUCAUGCCGUCGAGCAUGAGGAAAACUUUGGCACCAAACCCGCCUACUCCGGUGACAUUUACCUACCGCCACCGACACGCGAUGCGACGCACGGUGGAAGCCUCGAGCUGAACUCCCUUCCAUCCGAGCAACCGGCGAAACCCUUCCUGACGCAACAUCAACUUCCCGAGGCGCACGCGCUGAUACAGGAGCCCCGAUACCAAUCGGGGGCGCACGAUAUUGUGUCCGGCGUCGCUAACGACUGUGGCCAUGGUCCAACGUCGACCGUCGAUGUGCAGCCUUCGAUACAGACGAAUCAACUCUCAAUUGUUGGUCCAUCCGCCGGUGGCAGUUACUCGGCCGAUUACAGUAACAGCCUCGAAGGACAUUAUUCUGCCUCCGCCUCGGAAAGCACCGGUCAGCACGUGCAAACGUCCAAUCUGCCCGGUCUCGAUGCCGGUAUCGGGGGGUUGCAACUCAUUUCGGCCCAAAAGUCCCAGAGUCUGACGAUUCCGGUCCAUGGGCAGCACGGCUCGUACCAGCUACAGUUCCAGGGUGCCGGUUCGGCACCGCACGAACAGAUCCUCUCGGAGGGACUGCUCCAAUCCAUACUUAGUGCAAUCGAACAACCGCAACAUCAAGACCAACACCAGCAACAGCAACAGCAGCAGGAUUCGUACGAUCCCAACAUUGACCACAGCGAAGUGUCCGUGUUUCUCAAGAGUCCCGAGGGUCAGAAGACACUCCAGGACCACCCGAACGGUCACACGGGCCACACGCUAUAGUCCGGUCCGGCAACACGUCAAUUAGUAGUCCAAAUGCCGUUUCAAAGAUCAUUCCCCACUUUUUUAUUUAUUUCAUGCCUCUUCCCCCCCCCAUGCCCAUUAGUAUCCCCCUCCCUUACCAAGUGAAUCUUCCGAUUGAAACCAUGAUUGAUGGAGUGGUACGAUACGUACACACACACAGACACUUGUCUUCUGAGCUGCUCCUUCAGCUAGGGCCAUCAUCAUUCCUCUAUUUCUUACCGAAGCAUAAAGGUAGCAUAACCUUCGCCUCCUUCUUCACGACUUCACUGAAAGCAAUGCAUGGUGGGUGUUAAGGGAAAAGGGAAAUGGUGGUCCAGCAUGAUGCAGGCAGCAGCCAGGAAAAGUCAUGUCGCAAUAGGAGAUUCACGCUGUAGUUAAGUAUUUAAUUAUUUCAUCCCAACCGUUAUGACAGUGUUCUGCGGUUGUUAAUAGUAUGUAUGGCCGGUGAGAGUGUUUGUAUGUGUAUGUGUGAGAGAGAGAGAGUGUGUGUGUGUAUGUGUGCAUGCUACGUGUGAUUGAAUGUUGACUGACGCUCGCUUUAGCUAGGUGGAAGGAAGCUGCAAAUCGGUUUGUAGCAAAAGAAAAUGGUUUCAAAGUGGAAAGGUCCAUGUGUGUGUGUGUGUCAGUUUGUUCGUGUGCCUUUCUACAGAAGAGCAGGAAGAGGCAAGCGGGAGCUAUAUCGCUUUGCUGGAGUAUUUAAGCCCAUGGUAACCGAAAUACAAUUGAAUUGAAUAUGAAAAGCA